AUGAGCUCCAUCAAUAUCCCUGUGAUCUCUUUGCGAUGGGCCUUUCAUGUGGCUCGUUGGCAGCCUAGUCCGCUCCAAUGGCGACGAGCUUGUGCGGGGCUGGAUCCCGAAGAAGUGGAGAGAAUCUCCCAAUUUCAGUAUCAAUCCGAUGCCAAGGCUUCGCUGGUAGGUCAGAUCAUGUUCCGGAGGGCGGCUUGGGACUCCCUUCAUGGCCUAUUUCAAGACAUUCAUUGCCUUCGCUCGCCCAAGGGCAAGCCCCAAGUGGUUUGCGACGGGGUGAUCCCGCUUUGGUUCGAUGCCAAUGUGGCCCAUCAAGGAGAUUGGGUGGUGCUAGCGGCAGAAUUCGUCAACCCCCAAGAUCAAGUUCGAGUGGGUGUGGAUGUGAUGCGGUUGAACGAUCAGAGGGGCGACAUUAAUCGGUUCUUCCAUUUGAUGAAACGAAAAUUUACCCCCCUUGAGUGGGUCAUGAUCCGGAAUCCCAAAGAUUCCCAAUGCUGCUCAGCCGAAGAGCAACUCCGAAUGUUCUAUCGAUAUUGGGCCUUAAAAGAAAGCUUCGUGAAGGCAGAUGGCUUGGGACUUGGUUGGAAUCUUCAGAAGAUCCAGUUUCACAUCACCUCGCCAUUACCAUCUUGCGAUUCUCUACAUCCAGUGCAAGAUACUUGUGUGCAGGUUCUGGGCGCAGCCGAUGAAACCUCGAAAUGGACUUUCCAAGAACUAAUCCUUAAAGACGGACAACAUUGCAUGUCUGUGGCUAUAAAGAAUGAUAAUACACGUAACGUCUCGUCGACCAUCACUCGAUAUGUUGAGGAUUUUGAAGAUCUCAUUCCUGUCGAGUUUGAAGACGAGCUGAGUGAAGAAACGUGGGAUGACAAUUGGAAAAAGUUUUGCCAGAUGCAAGUAAAUAAAGACGUUUAAUAUUGAA